GUGGAUCAACGAGGAACGCAAUCUGGGCGUGGGUACCGAUAUCGAUCUACUACCUUAAUCGACAAUCUGAAUCUCCAUAGAAGCGUAAUCAACAUGUCAAGUCAAGUAUCUACUGUCUACAACUAUCCGUAAUACCAUGGAGACCCCUGGAUCGACAAAGUCCCACAAAACCCCGGAAGACCGGGCGAGGAAGCGAGAGCAAGACAGAAAGGCCCAGCGCAGUGCGCGGGAGAAAAACAAAACCUUGAUUGCUCAGCUGCAAUCGCGCAUCGAGACCCUGACUCGGUUCCACGAUAAUGGCAGUACGAAGGUCCUCAUCGACGAGCUGGAGCACCAAAGGAAGUCGAACGAAUCGCUCAGGUCGACGUUGCGGUCGCUGCAGGGGCUUAUCGCCUCUAGCUUGUCUGAUCAUGAUUCUGCCGUGGAUGCUCAUGGCCACAGGCCGAGACAGAGUCCCGCGCGCGAGGCGGACUCGAGUCUGGAUGAAGGCUCGGGGCCCUCUCGGAGCAGCCGCGAGCUCUGCCCAAACAUGGAGCAAUCGGAUGAUAGAACAUAUGAUUCUUCUACUACUGCGACAGAUCCCGGCCAGAGUGUGGCCCAGGAGAAGGUGCCAUGCCAAGAUUCAAACUCACGUGUCCGCCCCUCCAGUGUACUCCCCCCAUCGGACUCAUUUGGUCAAUCGCAGGACGCCCAAGGCCGACUGUUCAUGUACUUGAACGAGCUGGUGGAGCGUUGCUAUGCCAUCAGCCCACGUGUAGCGCCAGACCAAACCACCAGAGACGCCGACAUCCCGAUUCGAGCGAUCCUCGACGGAUGGGACGCCGUCGGCCGUCGAUAUGCGUUGGACCCGGUGUGGGGAAUGCUGCGUGCCGCGGAUGAGUCAAUUUGGCGCAAGCUCUGUGGGGAAGCCGAGCGAUUGGCCAUUCUGCGCGUUGUCAGCGCCAUGUUCCGGUACCGAUCCGACCCAUCUGAAGCCAAUCUCCAGGCACUUCCCCGGUUCAUGCGCCAUCGACCUUCACAGCUGCGGAUUGUUCACAAACCGUUGGUGGAUUUUGUUGUGUGGCCGGGCCUGCGUGAACGCCUCGUGCUAUUCCCGGAUCAGCACUGCUCGGACAACUUCUGCGCCUUGUUCUGGAGCUGUUUCCGGUUCAACUGGCCGUACCAGGCCCGUCAUGCAUUCGUGCAACAGCCCCAGCCAAACCUGUACACAUUCUCCGAGUUGUUCAACAAGUGCUUUUAUGACUUGCAGUCCUGGUGCAUGACUCCCCGCUUCUUUCACGCAUUCCCAGAUAUCGAGGCCGACGUGCCAAUAGCAUCGGUGGAGACUCGCGGGUUGCUCUCCACCAAAGAUAGCGAUAUGGCCGUUGGUCGCGUGGGUCCGGGUGACAGGUGGGUUCCACAUGCUGCAGUGUCACCCUCGAGUGUGGCAAUGGAAUUCCCUUCAAUGGAUUGGCAGAUGGAUAGGAUGGCGGUCGGUGGUCUCGAUCUGCCCAUGGGACUCGGGGGUGGACCUGCCAACCGGCCGGGGGUACCGGGUGGAGCCAGACCACCGCGUCUCCACCUGUUCGACUCGGGGGAACGUUCCGCAUGGACCUUCCAUCACCACCUGUCCCGUCCGAGGCAGACCAGCCUUCGGGCCAAGACUUUUGACCGGACGGCUUGCAGGCAUCGGAUGUAUUCCCUCCAGCCGACACAUUCCACGCGGAGUUGGAGAAAGUCAAAAUCCUCGGAAGAAACCCGUCCCGACCCCGUGACCUGGGGGGGCCGAGGUACAAUACCCGAUCGGGUUAAGCGCCGCGCGGAGAUUAAACGGACCGGCGGACGAAUUGGAAGUUCCCGUCGGGGCAGCCUGAGGUGUCCAGCCAGUCGGACUGGAGACUCUGGGGACACAAUUGACCACGCCCCGUGGGGUUGA